AUUUUUUUCUGGGAGCCUGCGAAGACUGGAAAAGACAAAAACAACAGCAUCCGAACAAUCUUCAAUCCGCUUUUCGCAAAUCGCUGCCCAUUCCUCCCUUCUCUUAAUCCUGCAUCUUAGUCUCCAUUUUCUGCUCGUGACCGACCGCUAAGCGUUUCCCAUGGCAGGGCCGCGCGCGCCCAUCGGCAGUCUGUCUCAGCACGCCGCGACCGCCGCCAACCUCGUGCGUGGCAUGGUUCCCAAGAUGUUCACCCGCACCGACCCAAAGCGGCCUAACAAGGCCGACGAACCCGUGGAGAGCGACAGCGACAGCGCCAGCGACAGCGACAGCACGAGCGAGAUCUCAGAGAGCGACGAGGCCCACAGAGAGGAUACGAAGGACUGGGCGAUGAACUUGAAGGCGAAGAAGGCCUCGGCGGUGUCGCCCACGGCAGGCAAGCCGAUCAAGGUCGAACAACCUACCUCUUCCAAGAUUAAGAUAGAGAGCCCUCCCACCAUGCCCAACAUCAAGAGCCGCGGUGGUUCCGAAUCGUCCUCAAGCAAGAGCGACAGCGAGAGCGACAACGAGAGCGAGAGCGACAGCCAAGCAGCCAAGACAGACUCGAAAACAGAUAACAAAGGCGCACGGAACGGAGACCCCAAGGCAGAGAAGGCGACCAAACGGGAGACCGAUUCUGACUCCGAUUCUGACUCCGAGUCCGAAGGUCAGUCCAGCGAUGAGAAGGCGCCUACCGUAAAGCCAAAGGCCAUUCCUGGCUCGAAGAAUAUCAAGAAGGAACCGUCUACAUCGUCAGCCUCUGAAUCCAGCAGUGAGAGCGAGAGCGAAAGCGAGUCCAGCGACGAGGAAUCUGGGCCUGGCCCUGAGGCUGCCGUGAAGGCGGACCGCUCUCCGAAGAAGAGCUCUGCCUCGGACGAUGAAUCGACCUCUGAGAGCGAGAGCGAGAAGAAACCCUUGCACAAAACCAAGACGAAGGCGCCAGCUCAAAGUGGAAGCAAGGGUGACGGAGAGAGUGGUGGCGAGCCGAAGCCCCCGCAGAAGUCCAAAAAAAUGGACUCAGUCCAGAGCACCAAUGGCGCGAAGGUCGACGUGAAUGCAAAAAAGGCCGUGCCUGCCAAAUCAACGAAGCCGGCGACCUCCGUGAAUGGCACCGCCAAGAGCAAAGAGUUCGUCAAUGACUCUAGCGGUUCAAACGACGCUGAAUCGGCUGAGAGCGAGACAUCGGCCUCGGAUUCUGAGCGCGAAGGUCCAGCGCAGUCUAUGGCCGUCGGGAAGCAGAGCGAAAAGACCGCAAUAUUUGGUACUUCACCGCACCCAAAUCCGUUCCUAUCGAGGUCAUCCAGAAACACGCCAUUCCCCUGGACAAGGUUCAAGCCGGAAAGUCUAUCUUCGCCCACGAGGGAGCCGAGUACACUGGCCAUUUUGAGGAGCCAGUGAGUCAUGCAAUUAAGGUCUUAAUUCCGGGGAAGACGGGAACCAAAUAUGAGACUCGUAUGUCACUGAUUCUUGGGAUCAACCUUGCCUCACCC